CUUGGCUUCCCGGGCUCUGGGGCCUUCGGGCCUCCCCAGCAUAGUUCUGCCUCCCCGGGGCGGGGGCCGGGGCUGAGGCGUCCCCUCUCAGGCUUCCCCUUUCCCCCCAGAGCGCCGGAGGAGGACGACGAGGAGGAGUAGAAGAGGAAGAAGAGGAGGCGGCGGUCGCGAUGGCCCCGGGCUCCCUGCCGCCCGGCGGCGCCCACCAGGAGUCAGUGACGUUCAAGGACGUGGCUGUGGACUUCUCCCAGGAGGAGUGGGGACACCUGGACCUUCUUCAGAAGGAGCUGUAUCGGGAGGUGAUGCUGGAGAACUAUGGGAACCUGGUGUGCCUGGGACUUGCAGCUUCCAAACCCAAUGUGAUCGGCCAGCUGGAGCGCAGGGAAGCACCAUGGAGGCCAGGGGGAGAGGACCGGGGAAGCUGCUGGGCAGAUUGGAAGACUGGCCUGGAAACCAAGGAGUCAUCUCCAAAGUUUGGCCUCUCCAUGGAAUACUCACCUCCGGGAAGACCCAUAAGGGAUGUUCCUUUUGUCUCCAUGUUGAGAGAAGCCUGGAGAUGGGACCCUGGGGUAGAGAGUCAGCCAAGUGAUGAGGACGGAUAUUCUAAACAAGUAAAACUCACCCAGAAGAAGCCUUCCAAUAAACUAAGAGGCCACGAACAUGAGGAAUAUGGCAAGAGUCUUAGUCUGAGGACAGGUCUUUCACCACACCAGAAGUUAUCUGUAGGAAAGAGUAUCCAUAGGUGGGAUUCACAUAGACAAAAUUUCAGACUGUAUACAGAGCUAAAAAAAUGUUCUAGAAUGUUCUCAAAGAAGAUAUGUUCUAAAUAUAAUGAAUAUGAGAAAUCCCUAAUUUGUAAUGCAGAUCUUGUUGAAAAUCAUAGGCUACACACUAAAGAGAAACUUUAUGAAUGUAACGAAUGUGGGAAGGCAUUCCACCAGAUGGCCCAACUUACUGUCCAUCAGAGGAUUCACACUGGAGAGAAACCUUAUGAAUGUACGGCUUGUGGGAAGGCCUUCCGAAGGAGUGCAGAACUUAAUGUACAUCAGAGAAUUCAUAGUGGAGAAAAACCUUACGAAUGUAAUCAAUGUAGAAAGGCCUUUCGAAGGAAAACACACCUUACUGUACAUCAGAGAAUACACAGUGGAGAGAAACCUUAUGAAUGCAGUGAAUGUGGGAAGGCCUUUCACCGGAGCUCAAUGCUUAUUCAACAUCAGAGAAUUCACACUGGAGAGAAACCUUAUGAAUGUAGUGAGUGUGGGAAUGUCUUUCGCUGGAGGACGUAUCUUACUGUACAUCAGAGAAUUCAUAGUGGAGAGAAACCUUAUGCGUGUGAUGAAUGUGGAAAAGCUUUCCGCCAAAGGUCACAGCUAACUCUGCAUCAGAGAAUGCACACUGGAGAGAAGCCUUAUGAAUGCAAUGAAUGUGGGAAGGCCUUCUACCAGAGCACUGGACUAACUUUACAUAAGAGAAUUCAUACUGGAGAGAAACCUUAUGAAUGUGCGGAAUGUGGGAAAGCCUUUUACAGGAACAGGGGACUUAGUGUACACCAGAGAAUUCACACUGGAGAGAAACCUUACGAAUGUAAAGAAUGCAGGAAGGCCUUUCGACAGAGCUCACAGCUGACUCUGCAUCAGAAGAUUCAUACUGGAGAGAAACCUUAUGAAUGCAACGAAUGUGGGAAGGCUUUCCGUUUGAGCCGAGGACUUACUGAGCACCAGAGAAUUCAUACUGGAGAGAAACCCUAUGAAUGUAAUGAAUGUGGGAAGGCCUUUCGCCAGAGGUCUCAGCUUACUGUACAUCAGAGGAUUCAUACUGGACAGAAACCUUAUGAAUGCAGUGAAUGUGGAAAAGCCUUUGGUCAGAGGGCACAACUUACUCGACAUCGGAGAAUCCAUAGCGGAUAUGAUCCUUAGGGAUGUAACAUGUUGCUCCUACGGGAGCACAGGAUUUACUGAACACCAGGGGAUUUGUGCUGAAGAAAACCUUAUGAAUGUGAGAACGUCUUCUAACCAAAAAUAGGACUAAGUCAAUAUUGGAUAGCUCUUACAGAGACAUACUUUAUGAAUGUAAUAAGAUAGAGAAUGCUUUUUUUUAAAAGCCAACAUGAAUUCAUGAUAGGAGAGGUUGUAAACUUAAUGUGGACAUCCUUUCAUCAAAAUUGUGGAACUGAUCGAAUACCAAAUGAUCUAUAUUGGAGAAAAGUCUUGUGAAUGCAAGGAUUUUAGCCAGAGUCACAGUCCUUUAGGAAUUCAGACUAAAAUUCUAUAGGUGAAGUAAAUCCUUGCCUAAUUACCCAUAAAAGCUCCUAAAACCUCUUCUCUCAUCAGCUACCUUCCUCACAUAUAAAACACAUGGACUCAUCAUUUAUUGAGAAAUUUGUGGCUAUCCAAUUGGCAUUUGCUCUCUUAACCUCUUUCCUGAAAAAAAUUCUGUGAGUUGUCAUCCAUGCUCCUCUGCCUUCCUGACACUGAGGAAGAGCCAUCACUUUCUUGAAAAUUUCUUCUCCUGUACUUUUGCAGAAUUCCCACUCUCUGACCUCUUCUGGACCUACCUUCAGCAUAAUUCAGUCUUGUGCCUUUGGCUGUCCACAAACUUGCUCACGUCUUUCCAGUACUAGAAAGCAACCCAAAAAAGCGGCUGUUUUUGGACCUUCUGCACCAGCCAGCUGCAAUCUCAUCUCUCUCCUGACAAACAUUAAACGUGGGUGGCCAUCCAGUCCUUACCAUCCUCAUUUCUUUCCAUGCUUUGAAGUUGAGUUUGUGUCCCCCACGCUGUCCUGAAACUGCUUCUCCAAAGUUCACCAGUGGCCUCCUUUUCAAUCUUUGUCCUCUUUUGUGUCAGUAAAAUAUCAGAAACUAGAGUAAUGUUUCCUCCUGGAUACUCUCCAUCUUUGUCUUUCAGGACACUCCACUCUCUUGGUUAAUAAUAAUAACUCAUAUUUAAAAAGUACUUUAUGGUUUGCCAAGCACAUUCCUCCACCUUUGAGAUGAAGCAAGUAUUCUCAUCCUCCUUUUACAAAGGAGGAUCUUAUGACUUCAGAUCCCAUACUUCAACACUGCGAGCCGCCUGUCUUCCUGAUCUAUAUCUGGCGGCUUGUUCCUGCUCUGUCUCUUCGCAGCUUUCUUAUCUUUUCCCAUAGCCAGUAAUGUGGACGUUCGCUUGGCUCUCUUCUUUCUACCCUAUCACUACUAUCAUAAUAAGUCAUGUUUCUUUAAUGCUUUAAGCUUUCGAAGGGCAUGUCUCUGGUCCUUUUUGAUCCUCCUCACAACGCUAAAGGAGUUGUCGUCUCCAUUUUGUGAUACUGAGGCUCAGGGUCAUGUAGAUAAUAAACGGGUGUGACAGGAGCAGAAGCAGUGCCUCUUCCAGGGCACCUGGUGCCCUUUUGGGAGCUAAAGUCCUGCCUUCUCCAGGAAGCCUCUUCCAGCCCCUCUUCAUCCAGUGCCUUGGCGCUCCAUUCAUUUUUUAUUUAUCUGGUACCGUGUCUCGCUUCUUUGCACACGGUUGUUUGCCUUUUGCCUCCCCCAUCAGACCAUGAGCUCCUUGAGGGCAAGGACUGUGCUUUGCCUCAUUUUAUGUGCCCAGCACUUAGCAGAGUGCCUGGCACAUACUAGGUGCUUAAUAAAUCCUUAUUAUUUAUUUAGACUGACUGAACAGGAAUCUUAACUUAUUCCCAAGGUUUCAAAUGUAUCCUCUAAACGAUUGACCAUUUCCCUUCAAACCUGAGCUGAGCUGACCUGGCCUGGGAGCUCACCAUUCAGCUCACCUCCUAUGAUAUCAGUUCUGGCUUUUUAACUAUCCUUCACCAAAUCCUACCAUGAAAAUCUCCCUUGCAUUUCCUUGUAUCAGAUUCUUUCUCUUCAUUCCCAUCGCUACUACCCUUGGUGGCAUGUGG